GUCAACUCUGGGAUUCGAGUGAAGGUUGUAUAAGAAGGAAACUUGCAACACUGCUCUCAGUCCAGUACAAACUGUUGAGGAGUUUGUAUUUCAAUAGCUCAUUUAAGCAGUUUAAGAAUUCGAGAAGCAAGAUAUAUUAAGCAGAAUGUCGAGAUUCAUGCUGAUCGCGCUGAUUGUUUUACUGGCUUCGACUCUAAUAUCAGCCGAAAGUAAAAGUACAUGUGGUAGGCAUGGUGACCCUUGCGUAUCAAAAAGUGAUUGUUGUUCGGGUUCGCCAAUGAUUUGCAAUAUACGUGCCCGCAGAUGUCAAAUUCAUAUUAGCGAAGCGGAAUUGUGGGCUGCACGAGCGAAAAUUCUUGGACGUCAAGGACCAGAUCAAUAAUGAUGGAAAGUAAUCGAUUAUGAAACAACACUUAAUCAGGAAAACCUGGAUUCAUUUUAUUUAUUAUGAAAAUAUUAUAUGAUUGCCGUAAUUUUA